AUGCUUCUAGAGCCAUCUCAGCCCUACAGCUUCGGCUAUGACAAUGUGGACGCGUUUGGUUAUCGGCAGUUCCGCAGCGAGCAGGGCGAUUCCAACAAUGCCAAAACCAGUUCGUACGGCUAUCGAGAUAUGAGUGGCCUCUACCGGAGGGUGAACUAUGUGGCCGACGCGUACGGCUUCCAUGCCACCGUGGACACCAACGAGCCGGGCACCGCUCCUGGUGCUAGCGCCGGCGUAGUCUUCAAUGCUGCACCUGUCGUUCAACCGUUUUCGUCUGGAGGGGCACAGAGUGGUGCACGUACAGGCUUUGCCGCUACGGCAGUGGCACCUUACAACGUAUACGCUGCCAGGGAUCCAGCACUGGUUGGAACCACCUAUGGUGGCCAGCUCCCUUACGGUUACGGUGCUGCCAGCUACGGGCCCGGUGUCUAUGAAGCGCUUGAUGGAUACGGAAGUGUGGCUGCACAUCAUGGUUUCCGUCGUCGUUAA